GGAGAGUGCGUUUAGGGCAGCAACAUAGCAAAAACAGCUUGUUGCGUCCACAACUAGCGAGGAACGUGGGACAGGACAUCGUCAUCAAGGACAUCGUUGUUUCGUACUUUCCGAUACAGCUUAACGAUAUGCUCACCUUCCGUGACGGCUUGCAGCUCGAGAAACAGCCCCUGUAAUGGGUAAAGGAUAUACGUCAGCAAACUCAUCCUUAUCAAGCAGAAAACGUUUCACCACAUCCAUCGCUACCGGGCAGUCCGUUUUGAGACACAUUGCUGCCUUGCCGCCAUGCCAGCUCAGGCUAACCGACGCAUCCAAAGCGGACCACGUGGCGUGUGUAUUGGUUUCCAAAGCAUUGGAAAAGCUGACUGCCUUAGCUUUCGAUUGUUCGUUCCGAAUGCAGUACGUGAUGAUGCGCUCAUCUUGCCUUUGGCAGCGAACUGGAUGAGGAUUGUUCUGAGCUAUAACGUCGCUAGCAGCCGACUCCACACUCCCUUCAGUGGAGAUUGAUGACGAUGGUGCUGUCUGUAUGAAAUGUCCUGCACACUCUUCCACUGGCUGUGCAGAUGUUGGCAUCGGAAUCGUCAGCAGAAGCCUUUCAUUUGCAUGCUUUAGCGUCGUCACUAGCAAGAAGCGAAACGUCGGCAAACCAUUCACCAACGCACGUUUCCCUAGAGCUACUAUUCCGUUGAGCACUCCGUCGGAUGAGAAUGUAUCGUGUACGGGGUCAGUUAUUACUGGAAGCUCGGCGGGGCAGUUCGUUCGAUACCACCUCAACAAACAAGGUGCACGAUCCCGUUGUCCGUGAGCUUGAUGAAGGCUUCGAACCGGCGCGAUCGAGGAGUGCAAGCACAGCAGUAGCAGCAACAACAAUCGCCAGGGAUCGUCUUCCCCAACCUGUGCCGAGGUGAUGCAAUUUAUUCGCAACAGCCUCUCGUUUUCGUUCAUCAGCAACCAGGGCAAUAGUCAGCAAUCACCGGCAAAUGGCACACCGGCGAACGGAGCGGGGGGAGGCACGGACGCCCGCAAGAAUGGAACACCACCGUCACGCUCGGAAUCGAACCUUAGCGAAAAGUCGCAGUACGCGACGGUCCGAUCGAAGUUGCCGCUGAACUUGGGUAGCCCUCCGUCCGCGUACAGCACACCGUUUCAGAGUCCGGUCAUUGCGAGCCGCACCUUUCCGACGCUGGUUGAUGCUGCGGCAACGCUUAACAGAACCGAUAGCCGGGAUGACUCAGGCAACGGCACCAUCAAACCGGAACGGUCCAGCAAGGUGUACUUCAUCGAGCAGGGCCAGCUGCAGACAGAUUACGAGCUGCCGGAGCGACCCGGGCGAUCAGUGCGCGGUACGGCGAGUGUGGAUGGCGAUGGCAUCGUCAACCCGGCCUUCACCAACGAUUCCGGUGCCACUGUGAUAAACAUGCCCAGUACACAGCCGAGCGUUAUACGGGAACAGUACUGGACGUGGUCAUGUCGUUGCCGACGAGAACUCACCUCCCGGGAGAAGGCUCUGCUCAUUGUGAUUUUCGUUCUGGUGCUGGUCAUUGGAGGUCUCGCAACGUACCUGGGCAUUGUGGUGGACAGCGAUGAUGGAAUUACUGGUGGCAUACUCACGAGAAGUGUGCUUCAACCAGUGAUCAGCGAUCAGUAGUAAGAUCGUUACAAGCAACAUCAACGUUAGCAAAGCGACCGAUAGCCUGAUUGACGGUCAUGUUUCUGUACAAAACGAACCAUCCCAUCGAACGUGUGCUCAAACUACAGUAAACUCUAUUGCUAAGACUGCAUAUAUCACACCCUGUUUCUAAUCCCAUGACGUUAGCGAAAUCCACAGCAAGCAGAACGCAUGGUAUCGAUCAAGUACAUUAUUAGUUUCUAAUGUCUGUAACCGUCUCUUGAUGUUAUGUGUAUUUUAUGCCGUUUACCUAUUAAUUCAGUAAGCCGGAACAGAGUACGAUUAGAGGAAAGUUUUCUUCUGUUAAUAAAACAAACCUGCAUAAUCCGCUUAAUGCAAGCGAAUCAAUCAACAGGAA